AUGUACAGAUCCGCCUUGCGAUCUGCGCCUCGAGUCGCAAAUAGACUGCGACCAACUAUCGUUUCGCCGAAUGCACGACGCUUUGCUUCGACUUCCCCUACGAAUAAUAAACGAAGUUGGAAGAGCUCGGCUGCGAGAUGGGGUCUAGCUGCUGGUAUUAUGUAUUGGUAUAGUACCAGUGCAGUCUUUGCCGAAGAACCACUGUCUAAAACAUUACCACCGCCACCCCAGUUCUCAGAUGAGGACCUCCCUACAGUAGAGGCCGUAGUCGCGCAGAAGCGUCGAGAAGCCGAAGCACGACUGCGGAAAGCCGCAUCUACCGAACCACCGACAGCUACCCUACCAUCCGAAAUAUCUCCUUCUGCGCCUGCUAAAGAUGUCGAGACGCAAGAUCGAACUGCCUACCCGGAUGGAAGCCCCGAAGCUUUGGAAGAAGAGGCCGGUCAACAGGGGGCGUUCAACCCGGAAACGGGCGAGAUUAAUUGGGACUGCCCUUGUUUAGGAGGGAUGGCUCAUGGACCCUGCGGCGAAGAAUUCAAGGCGGCGUUUAGCUGUUUUGUCUACUCCAAGGAGGAGCCGAAAGGGAUGGACUGCAUUGAUAAAUUCCAACACAUGCAAGACUGCUUUCGACUUCAUCCCGAGGUAUACGGAGAGGAACUAGAUGAGGACGAAGCUCCCGCAGAAGGUACUCCUGAGAUUGCAACGGAUAAUUCCGCCGCCAAGACAUCUCAUGGUGAAAAUGGUGUGGUAGCGAAAGUAGAAGAGACGAUACCAGCCAAAAAGUCAGCUAAGGCAGAUGCGGAGACCUCAGAGGUGGUAAAGGAGGCUGAGAAGCAGAACGUCCCUCCGGCGCAACCCUAA